CGCCACUUCUCUGGAAUUUGAUUCCGUGCUUUGGUUGUAGCAUCUAAGAGCGACAGAGUUUGCUCUUGCCUCAUUUUGAAGUACAUCUUAGGAGGUUCUGUUUUGCGCGUAGAGGAGGGAUGCCUUGAAUUUUUGCUCGGAUGGAUUCAAGAAGCCAUUCUGAAUUUUUACUUUUGCGGUUCCUAAUCACAGAACUCGUCAGUUGAUUCGCUAAUGGCCCUGGAUCUUGGAAAAUGCCCUUUCAUUUAUAUGUAUGAAGUAGGUGGUAGCACGUGAGUGGCCAGACACAACAGAACAGAAAAGUAACGAAUUUCAAGAUAUGCGCGCUUAGAAACGAUUGUCCGUGUCAUAAACAGUUUGCAUUAUUGAUAUGUUCAAAAGGUGUGACAGUGACAACGAGUGGGCAAAGGGAAUCCAUGUUUGAUUUCAUUAGUACUACCUUGGUAUAUAUUCCUCUCAUCCGUAUUGCAGAUCUAAGUGCACUAAAUUAAAUUUACCAAGAAGGGAUAGAAUAGAAAUGGCAAUCUUGUUCUGGUCGAGCAUGUAUUCUUUGGCAUCCAAUUCACUACAGAUUGUCGGAUAGUUAUUCUCUCAGUUGUGUUGAACCUGGUUGCCAAGCUGCCUCCUUAGUCUCCCAUAGAGUUUUAGUCCACUUGACUUCUGUACUCUGAAUCGUCUCAAUCAUGCUCAAAUUUUCUUGUUGACACAUGCUGAACUCGGCUGCCAAGCUAAUGCCCUCUGUUUCCUCUCGAUUUCCUGUCGGAAUUUGGCUAAUAUAAUAUUGAAGUAGAGUGUGAAGUUCCAAGAAUGCUGCCAAACAUGGAGGAACCCCUUGUUGGAGGCAAGAGUGAGAAGACAGGAGGGCCAGGAGAGAGCCUCCUAGUGAUUGAGGUCAAGAAGCAGCUGUACCUUGCCGGGCCUCUCGUCGUCGGAAGCCUCCUGCAGAACGUCGUCCAGAUGAUAUCGGUCAUGUUUGUCGGUCACCUCGGCGAGCUCGAUCUCUCGAGUGCCUCCAUCGCCACCUCCUUCGCCGGUGUCACCGGCUUCAGCUUGUUGGCUGGCAUGUCGAGCAGCUUGGACACACUGUGUGGGCAAGCCUUCGGAGCAAAGCAGUACCAUCUUCUUGGCAUCUACAAGCAGAGGGCAAUCCUUGUGCUCACUCCUCUGAGCGUCGUGGUUGCUGUGAUAUGGGCAUACACUGGCCAGAUCCUCCUCUUCUUCGGCCAGGACCCUGAGAUUGCCAUGGGAGCAGGGAGCUACAUCCGUUGGAUGAUCCCGGCGCUGUUCGUCUACGGCCCGCUGCAGUGUCAUGUCCGGUUCCUACAGACGCAGAACAUCGUCCUCCCGGUGAUGCUGAGCUCAGGUGUCACAGCACUGAACCAUAUCUUGGUGUGCUGGUUGCUGGUUUACAAGCUUGGCCUGGGCAACAAGGGUGCUGCCUUGGCCAAUACCAUCUCUUACCUGACAAAUCUGCUCAUCCUGGCUCUCUACAUCAGGCUCUCUCCAUCCUGUAAGAGGACUUGGACAGGGUUGUCAAUGGAGGCGUUUCGCGACAUCCUUAGCUUUUUGAGGCUUGCCGUUCCAUCUGCUCUCAUGGUUUGUUUGGAGUGGUGGUCAUUUGAGCUGCUUGUACUUUUUUCUGGAUUUCUUCCAAAUCCUAAGCUCGAGGCGUCGGUGUUGUCCAUCAGUUUAAAUACUCUUUCACUAGUAUUCAGAAUCCCAUCUGGUCUUGGUGCAGCUAUAAGCACCCGAGUAUCAAACGAGCUCGGCGCGGGGCGGCCUGAGGCUGCCCGUUUAGCGACCCAUGUGAUCAUGGUUCUGGGUCUUGUGUCAAGCGUAUCGGUCGGUCUUGCUAUCAUUUUGGUGCGCAAUUUAUGGGGGUACGCAUACAGCAACGAAAAGGAAGUGGUGGAAUACAUUGCCAGAAUGAUGCCAAUUCUUGCCGUGACAUUCUUGUUUGAUGACCUGCAGUGUGUCCUUUCAGGUAUCGUUAGGGGCUGUGGCUUCCAGAAGAUUGGGGCUGUGGUUCGGAUUAACCUGUGGGCUUGUCGUGCAGACAGUGUUGCUCAUGUCCAUUACCCUGCGCACCAACUGGGACAAAGAAGCUUUGAAGGCAAAGGACAGGGUUUUCAGUUCUUCCCUGCCUGUAGACUUGGCAACAUGAGACACACAAGACAAGAUGCACAAUUUUCUCGGGAAAUUAGGCAGGGAGAUGUGCAUGGAGAUAAGGAACCAAUGAGGAAUUGGUUGCUAAAAUGGUGCUUCACUGGCAUGUGCAAUUCUUCACAGAAACAUCUGGAAAUAGGCGAUCCGCUUUGGUAAAAACAAUUUGGAUACGGAAAAUAAAAUGUUAGGAUGAGUAGAGGCGCAGUACUACCCUUGAUAAUGUAAGCAAGGGAAUAAAAUGUCUCUUCACUAGAACCCAUAGUGUGGAUCCAGGAUUUCCUGAGAGGAUUGAUGAGAUUAUUCUCUUCACGGAAAGAAUAUAUAUAUAAUUGCUCAAUUGCAUGGAAA